CGGCGGGGGCAAUGGUUGCAAGAUGGCGGCGCUGCAGGAGGAGCGGAGCUACGGGCUGUCCUGCGGGAGACUCGGCAAUGGCAGCAGCGUCUCCGUGUUUCACGUUAAACUGACUGACAGCGCCCUGAGGGCCUUUGAGGGUUACCAGAACAGCAAGAGCUCCAUGUCUAAUCGUCUGUCGAUCCGGUUUACCGGGAAGCAGGGGCAAAUCGCAAUCCCCAGGCCGGAGUGCCCGAAUGAGUUACGGACCUUCAGCUUCUACCUGUCCAACGUGGGCCGGGACAGCCCCCAGGGGAGCUUUGACUGCAUGCAGCAGUAUGUCACUGGGGAUGGGAGCAUUCAGCUGGACUGCCUGGGCGGGAUACAGGAUAAAAUCACUGUGUGUGCCACGGACGACUCCUAUCAGAAAGCCCGGCAGAGCAUGGCACAGGUGGAGGAGGAGACCCGGAGCCGAGGGGCAAUCGUUAUCAAACCGGGAGGGAGAUACGUGGGUAAGGAGGCGUGUUCUACUGGUAGGUACUACCACGACCAGGAGAAGUGCGAGUCCAAUUCUUCCACGUCAGGGAAGAAGUUCGGCCGGGUACCGUGUAGCUGCCCGGGGGUCGACUCCUCCAAUUCCGGGCCGGCCCACUUGUUCCCGGCGUCAGAAACUUUGCUUCCCCACCUCGUCGGUCGGGUCGCGCACCGGGGCCGGUCCCGGAAGUCCCUCGCCGAGACUGGGCUGGUCGGGGUGGUGUUCUUGCAGUUGAUUUUUCUUCCCUCCCUCCAGGUGGCGAAUCUGAAUGGGAGGGACGGCACCUACACGCUGAAGGGCUUGAUGUUUAAAGAAGUGCAGAAAGACUGGCCUGGAUACUGCGAGGGAGACCAGCAGCUGCUGAAGAGGAUACUGGUCAGGAAGAUGUGCCAGCCCCAGAGCAGCCUGGGUGUAGCCGGGGAGACCCCUGCAAGCCCACCCAAAGAGCACAGCAACUCUGCCUCUCCCUCUCAGAAACGCCCCGCUGUGGACUUCAUCGACCCGUUGGCCAAUAAGAAGCCCCGGAUCUCCCACAUGACCAGCAAAGCCCAAGGCGCGUUGAAUGGGAAGGUGGGCUCCUCCAAUGGGAAGGAUAGUGCUCUUGGGGUCCCGGCGCCGCUCCUGGCUGAUCCGGUGAGCUCCAGCUCCCACUUGCACAGGCUGGAGAUCCCCAGGCCCUACGACCCCCUCUCGGACGUCAGCAAUGACUCCAGCCACAACGGGCGGGACUGCGAGGGACAGGAGGCAGCGGCAGCAGAGCGGCUGAGCCACCCCCCGGCCCCCAGCGCAGGGCUCCCUGUCCAGACCAGCGAAGCAACCUUCCCCAGCGCCACAGCCGGAACCCCUGCCUCUGCCCCCGGAGCCACCUCCGCAUCCCUGCACGGGAAAUCCAAGAAGAAAUCAAAGAAGCACAAGGACAAGGAGAAAUCCAAGGACAGGAGCGCGGAACCGAAGAGAGGCUGUGAAUUUAUAACAGAGACGAAAGGGAGCGGUGUUCCACCAAGCAGCACGGACCUGAAUGGGGCGUGCAGCAAUUCUAGUGUUCCUACAUCCACAUCGGAGAUGCCAGACUAUUUAUUGAAAUACUCGCUGAUCGCAUCCCAAGACCAGCGGCAGAGUUACAAGAACGACUUCAACGCAGAGUACAACGAGUACAGAGGCCUGCACGCCAGGAUAGAGAGCAUCACCCGGCAGUUCACUGUGCUGGACACAGAGCUGAAACAGCUAGAGCAGGGCACAGAGACAUACAAGACAAUCCAUAAUCAGAUCUUGCAAGAGUAUCGGAAAAUUAAAAAGAGUAAUCCCGAUUACAGCCAGGAGAAGAACCGCUGUGAAUACCUGCACAGCAAGCUGGCUCACAUAAAGAAACUGAUAGCAGAGUAUGACCAUCAGCACCUGCAGAGCUGGCACUAGAACUGCCCAUUCACUGGACCCUGCUAGUGGAGGAGACACACUCCUGGGCUGGACUGUCUCUGGAUUCCCAUUUUCAAAGGAGCCAUGGAGGGGGAGCGACUCCCUCUGGUGGUGGGAGUGGGGUGGGGGCAGCAGGCUGUCAUUGUGGGUGUGAAGGAAGAGGACGAGAGAGAUUGUGCUUCAAGAUGUGUUGUGGGUGUCGCCUUUUAUUAUUAUUAUUCCAAGUUCAGGUCUCCACAAGCCCUCUAUGAUAAAGGAUUUUUUUUUGUUUGUGAGGGUGGUGUUUUAUUAGCAAAC